AACGACGGAGGAGGGAGGGGAUAUUUUAAUGGCCGUCAGUAGCAGUACAGAAUGCAAAAAGUCCGGAUUAUCCUCUGUAUUUAGACUGUGCUAGCUACGGGCGCGUUUUGACCGCUUUUUUAUAGUAACGAGCAUUACUCUGGGGACAUAUUCGGGUUGGAGAUGUGUUUCUAGUGUUGUUUCUACUGCGCUGAACAGACUUUACCCGCUUGAUUUGUGCGCGAGUGGGAGAUCAGGCCUAGCCGGCUGGCUUAAAAACAAGCGGACAUUUAGCUAACUAGUCACAGGAGUUGGAAGGGAAUAUGUAACAUAAAGCAACCGACAUGACAUCCAGAUUCGGUAAAACGUACAACCGCAAGGGAGGGGAGGCUAAUUCUAAAUUUGAAGAGGUCUUCUCCAAUAAAAAGCCCACUUUGACCACCAAAUGGGGGGAGACCACCUACAAGGCUCAGCUGGGGGCCAAAAGGCCCCAGUUAAAACCUGAAGUUUCAGAGCUUCCCAAGAGGCCCAGGCUUGAGGACAGUGACAGUGAAGAAGACCCGUUUGGGUUUGACAGUGAUGAGGAAUCUAAGAGUGUUACCUCUCACAGUGUGUCCCAGUCAAAAAUCAAUGAAGGGGACAUGAUAAAGACAACCGCAGUGCAGGGCGGUGAGACAGCCUUUGUUGUGACUUCUGCACAGAGCUCUACAAGUUCAAUAACCAAGUUCACAAGCAAGCAAACAUCUGAAGUGAAGGUUGUUAAAAAUAACCAGCCCUGGUUCAAAAGUACAUCAGACAGCAACCAAAAACCUGCAUGCACUGCCUCGUUGUCAAACACAGUCCCCUCUGAUGAUCAGAACUUCUCAGUGUCCCAGAGGCCCAUCUCCUCUCCCAACAUAGACACCUCCCUGUCCACUAAUUCACCAGGUGGUAGCAGAGAUGUCCAAACUGCUUAUUUUUGUGAUGUACUGCCAUCAGAAGAGAUGAAAAGUGCUGAGCUCGAGCCUCCCACAGAACCUCCACCGGCACCAGUGGACAACAUUCCCCCGUCCCCAUUUACCCUUCGGGCCUCAAACUGCAAGAAAUACCAGCGGCCCAACAAGUCUGACAAAACGUCCUCUGAACUUGCUGAAGACAACAGCAACAAGCCCACUGAAACAGCUAGUGCCCAAGGUAAACCCAACAGUGUCCUUUCUGCUAGUGCAAGUAGUUCUGCUGUCAAAGCUAAAACAGCAGCCAAGCCCGCAGGCAGGGGCGGUGGGAGGGUACGGGACUACACCGUUCUGCACCCUUCCUGUCUGUCAGUAUGCAACGUCACCAUCCAGGACUCGAUAGAGCGGAGCAUUGAUGAACUGGUUACCCCAGCUGCUCCUGCUGACCUUGGAGAAGCAGGCCAGAUGAAGAAGAAGUCAGACGCUCCCCCACCCAAACCUACCAGGUUCAGACCCACCCAGACAAAGGCCAAGAAGACCAAGGCUGAGACCAAGCUAGAGUUUUUCGGCUUUGAGGACAAGGAGGACUCGGUGAGCGAGGAGGGUCCAGAAAGUGGCAUGGCAGGCAAGAGUAGCUACAAGAUCAAGUACUUCGGCUUCGACGACCUGAGCGAGAGUGACAGCGAUGAUGAGAGCUCUCGGGCCAAAGAGAAGAAGGCCAAGAAGGCGGCCGCAGCCUUAGCUUCUCUGAGCUCCAGUGUGGACAGCCCGCAUACCAGUGACUCUCAGGACAGCCAGGCCAGUAGCAAUACAGAUGCUUUUGACUUCUCUGACGAAGCCAAUCCUGGCGGCACUGAGGGGCAGAAGGGACGCUCAGGGAAGCCAAGUGACAAAUCCAAGGACAUUGGCGGCGGACUCAAAAAGAUCUUCAGUGGACCCAAAAAGUCCCCUGCUAAAGCUGUGUACAACGCUCGCCACUGGAACCAACCUGAGCCUGAAGAGAUCCCUGUGCCUACACUUUCUCGAACCCAAACUGCCCCGGCCAUUUUAUCGAGCAGCAGCAAGGACAGCAACUCCCAUAAAGAUGAUGGCUUGUUCAAAGCCCCUCCACCUCCGCCCAAAGUCAUUAAGACAGAGACCCUCCCCACACGACUUAACCAAGAUAUUGUCACAGCACUUAAAUGCAGGAAGGAGCACAAGGAGCUGUACACGGUGGUGCAGCAUGUGAAGCAUUUCAAUGACGUGGUGGAGUUUGGAGAGAAUCAAGAGUUCACUGAUGAUUUUGAGUACCUGGAGACAGGACUGAAGAGCAGUCAGCCACUCAACACAAGAUGCCUUAGUAUAAUCAGCCUGGCCACUCGGUGUGCCAUGCCCAGUUUCAGGAUGCACCUGCGGGCCAGAGGGAAAGUGGCGCAGGUCUUCAAAAUGCUCAGUGAUGCUCCACAACACCCAAACCUUGGUCUGUGCACGGCCUCCCUGAUGUACAUUCUGAGUCGGGAUCGUCUUAACAUGGAUCUGGACCGGGCCUGCCUCGAGCUCAUGAUCAAGCUGCUGGAGCUGGACCAGGACUACUCGGCCCACCAGGAUCAGCUCACCGCAAAGGAGGUGGAAAAGGUUAAGGAGAAGAUCAGGAAGCUGUGUGAGACCGUGCACAACAAGCACCUCGACUUGGAGAACAUCACGACGGGCCAUCUUGCUAUGGAGACGUUGCUCUCUCUAACCUCCAAGAGAGCCGGGGAUUGGUUUAAAGAAGAACUGAGGCUGCUGGGAGGUUUGGACCAUAUUGUAGACAAAGUUAAAGAGUGUGUGGAGAACCUCAGCCAAGAGGACGACAAGGAGAACCUCGUUGCGUCUUUAUGGGGGGCUGAGAGGUGUCUGAGAGUGCUUGAAAGUGUGACAGUUCAGAACCCAGAAAACCAGGGUUACUUGAUUGCCUACAAAGACUCGCAACUCAUUGUCUCCUCUGCAAGAGCUCUCCGGUACUGUGAGGAUAUGAUCCAGCGGUACAGCAGGGCGUUAAACAACAGCUCCCUGUCAUUGUCGGGUGCAGCGCUGCCCCACUGCAGCUUUAGUAAUGUGGGCAAGGCGGUGGAGGACUGCAUGAGGGCUGUCAUAGGGGUGCUGCUCAACCUUACCCAUGACAAUGAGUGGGGAAGCACCAAGACCGGUGAGCAGGAGCAGCUAACAGUAACUGCUCUGAAUUGCGUACUUCGAGUUCCGCGCUACAUCCCCCAGGAGCAGCGCUUUGAUGUGCGAGUACUGGGUCUGGGUCUGCUAAUUAACCUUGUGGAGUACAGCUCCAGAAACCGCCACUGUCUGGUGGACAUGGACUACAGUGUUGAUGACACCUGUCUGGAAGAGAGCCUGAUGCAGCCUGCUGACCCAACACAGUCUGACACAGCGGCGGCACCGCCAAGCACAGCUGAGACUCAGGGAGACGGGGCUGACAAGCCCAAGCCAUCCGGUGCUUUGGCUGCCCUGGUGAAACUCUUCCUGGAGAGGGAGCGCGCGGCCAUCCUGGCUGAGGCUAAGACUGACGACCUCAUCAGUGAGGCGCCCAAGCCAGCGCUGGACCAAAGUGGAGAGUGGCAGGAGACGUCGGGAGAGAUCCAGUGGGUGGCAGCCGAGACCAAUGACAGCCAGACUGAGAAUAAAGAGAGUGAGAAGAAAGAGGAGGAGGAUGAGGAGUUGGACCUAAAUAAAGCUCUGCAGCAUGCAGGCAAGCAUAUGGAGGACAGUAUUGUUGCCUCCUACACUGCUCUGCUGCUGGGCUGCCUCUGCCAGGGCAGCCAGAUAAAUGUGACUACUGUGAGAGAGCAUCUACCUAAAGGGGAUUUCUCCAUCAUGACAGAAAUGCUGAAGAAGUUCUUGAGUUUCAUGAACCUCACUUGUGCAAUGGGCACCACAGGACAGAAGUCCAUCUCGCGGGUCAUCGACUACCUGGAGCACUGUUAACAGACGGCCAGACAGCGAACUCACACUCUGCUCAUUAAAGGGAACCCAGGCUAUUCUGGGCCGCCCCACCACCACCACCUGACAGGAGCCACAAGUGGUGAUUGGAGACUAGGCAGCAUUCCCUUGACUUCACCAGAUCACCCAAUGCUGUGAUCUCUCUGAAUUUUCUCCAAUAAAGGCGUACGCUGAUGUAAAGUUACACUCCCUCUCUGGAGCACAGCCUGAACCAAAGCCCUGCUUAGCCGACAGACGAGCAUAUUCCUUCAGUUCCACUCAACUAACGCUUCAUUCAGAGUCAGAUCGAGAAUCAUCCUCCGGUAACGGGGAAUCAGGCAGAGGCUAGGCUAAAGUUUCAAAAAAAAAAAUCUGGAAUGUCAAAGCACAGACCUCUUCUUCUUGAAACGUCCCAUAAGGUCUGGCGGCAACAGGCCGGUGGAGUCUCCUGUCUGGUCUCAAGCCCUGGCCGCUUAGCUGGAGCGUGAACCACAAAUUUUAUCAAGUGGUCAUUAACAUUUUAACCUCUACUCAGCCCCAUCAAAGCCAAGGGUGAAAUCAUUGAUUAGCAUGAGAAACAGUACUUUUCAUGGAUGUUAGGAUGACAUCUGUGUGUAAACUUGUGUGGAAUGCAUACACCCUUUUACAUGUACAUGUUUGCAGUUGGCUUGACGGGGUGGGUGUGUGUUGGGGGGGAGAGUAUUUUUAAGCUUUUAUUUUUAUGUUCUCAUCGUACCCGUUCAUUUUAUAAACUGCGUGUAGGCAUCCUCUCACAUGUUUUUAGAUGUUUGGUGUUUAUUUUUCCUUGAGGGCAUUUUUCUUCACCCAAAUAAUGAAUCACUUUUAAAGAAAUCAGGACUGCGUGAUGACUUUGACAGGAUGUCUCUUAUUUGACUGAUAAUGGCAUUUGGAAAUUAGAUGCCAUUAUGAAUUUUGGGUUUUCCUCUUACUCAUUAUCAAUUUUAGUUUGUUUAGAUUAUUUAAAGUUCAAUUAAUUAAUAAGUGUGUAAUUACAGUAUGCAUUUAAACUCACAUGUAUGUAUGUAAGAUGUGAUGAAAUGCUAAAAAAAAAAAAGAUGGUUGUGCUCUCUUUUUAAUUUGCAAUGAACUGCAUUUUUUUUUUUUAAAUGUAUUUAAUUUAAUGCUUUCUCCUUUGUUUGUAAAUGCCAAGCCUUUACCUAGUGAGAUUCCAUUGUGUCUAAAGUUGUUUCAUUAGAAAAUAUCCCAUGUUACACAGCUCAGUGGCUGGACAUUUAGCACAUGUACAUGACUUAUUUGAUGGCAAAUUUCAUCACAACUUGCUGCAUUUAAUAAAAUAGAAGUCAUUUUUAUGCUCAUGUUAAUUGGCGAUAGGGAUUCCCUGACAUCUGCAUGUUUCUCUAUGUCCAGCCACAUGUAGCUUCAUGUUUUUACUCAUUGUAUCAUGCUGUCUCUGCAUUGGACAACAUGCAUUAAUCUCCCACUUAUUUAUUCUUUUGUGGAGUCAUUCUACCUGUAAUGGUGCACAUGAACCUUUCUAAACUCCUCCGCCUUGUACUGCUCACAUGUAUGAUCACUGAUUUGAAUAACAGCCAUACCUGUACACGCAGAUUAGUUUGAUCUGGUUUGUAGGGCUGCAGUGAACACGACUGCAACUGUGUUUACUGUUAAUUACUUUGCAAAAUUCUGGUCUGAAUGGAAUUUUAGAAUGUAAAUACUCCUGUACAUAGCGGUCAAUGGACAUUUAAAAAUGCUUAGACUACUUUUUUUCCCCUGAAGCUGAUAUUUUUAUUUUAUACAAUAUUUCUGAGUUGUUAUUUGGAAAAACAAAAUUCGCAGGAAGAGGAUAAAAACAUUGUUUGUACCCGUUUCAAGGACAUUGUCUUUGGUUACAUGUAAAUAGUUGUAUCUCAAAAAGAAAAAAGUUGCUACUUUCAGUACA